AGCUGGAGCCUGCCUCCUCCUUCAGCCACUCAGCCAGCCAGUUUGCUUAUCAGCGCUGUGCAGCCCAGCUCACUUGAUCUGCUGUCCUCUCAGCGUCACAGGCGGCAGAGCGCUACAGACAGAAACAGUAACAGCAGCAUCAGCAGCAGCAGCAGCAGCAGCAGCAAGAGAUCCGCAGCAGUGAGGGCUAGGUCGUCUCGAGCAGUGUCAGCAUGCCAUCCCUACUGCAGCUCCUCGUUCUCCUUGGUAUCGGCUACUGCCUGUCCAAGCCCCUGGCCACCCUGCCUCCAGACCCCUGUGAGGGCAAGCCAUGUCUGAACAACGCCACCUGCGUCCCCUCGGCCGGAACUUCACCGGAGAUUCAGGCUUACAACUGCACCUGUAGCCCAGGGUUUACUGGGCAGAACUGUGAGUUUUUCGCAGACCCCUGCACCAGCAGCCCUUGUCUCCAUGGUGACUGCAGCAGCAGUGGCGGCGGGGGAUACAGCUGUGUCUGUAAGGAGGGCUACCAAGGUGAACUCUGUGACCAGGCGCUUCACACAGCCUCUGUCGCUAGCAGCGAGGCCUCGCCAUCUCCCUCACCGGAGCAGCCCAGCCUGGCACCCGCAACCUCCCUCCCACCCACUACUGUGCCCACCACCGUGCAGGCAGCUCCAACUCUGCAACCGUGGCAACCGCAGCCUGGCCAAAACGUAGUUGAGCUACUCUGGGAAGCCAAACAGAUAACCCCGGAGUCAGUCUGUGGAAAUACAAGUCUGAACGAAUCUACAGGAACACAGAGUUUCUCUCUGGAAGUACCAGAGGAGACAUCAGUGAAGAUUAAAGUGAAUAUAACAGGAUUCCCCACCCUGUGGAAAGUCAGCGAGCAUGGAUUCAAGGAGUCCUCUGUUUCUGAAGGGAGAAACAUUCCUUUUCUUCAAGCUGUGGAUGGUCUGGUACUGUCUGAAGAUGCACUACCCCCAGGAAGCAAUUACUUCAUUGGAUUUCUGAAUGAGUCUGGGAAGUCGGUGGUGACCCUCCGUCUCCAUUUGAACGUCAAAGUCAGCAACUGUGUGGAACCUGGGAGCAGUUUUAAUGACCCUCAGUGUUCAGGCAAGGGAAAGUGCAUCACACAGCCCACAAAGACUGCCUUCUACUGUGACUGUGAACAAGCGUAUUCUGGAAUCUUCUGCGAAGAGUUUGAUGCCUGUUACGAGAAUCUGUGUGAAAAUAAUGGAUCCUGCAUUGAUCUGAGGCAAGGAGCAGAUGGGAGAAACUUCACUUGCACCUGCCAACCAGGGUACACAGGAAAGCGAUGUCAGGCUUUAAUCGAUCACUGUAUCUCCCAACCAUGCAAGAAUGGAGGCACCUGCUCCAGUAGUGUCAGUGGGUACAGCUGUCAAUGCCCAGAAGGAUUCCUGGGCUCAGCCUGUGAGCAGAAGAUAGACCCCUGUGCCUCCUCCCCCUGUCAGAACAAUGGUAGCUGCUACUCUGAUGGACUAUCCUACAGCUGUAACUGUGGUCCCGGAUACACAGGGCCUACCUGUGCACAACUGAUUGACUUCUGUGCCCUCAACCCCUGUGCUCAUGGAAUCUGCCGCAGUGUUGGGACGAGCUACAAAUGCUUGUGCAUUCCAGGUUACCAUGGCCUAUACUGUGAGGAGGAGUAUAACGAAUGCCUGUCAGCCCCCUGUCAGAACGCGGCAACCUGCAAAGACCUCGUUAAUGGCUACGAGUGCCUGUGCUCAUCAGAGUAUGAAGGGAAGCACUGUGAACUCUACAAAGAUCCUUGUCUCAAAACCACCUGUCAGAACGGGGGUACCUGUGAGAGCGAAGGACUGAAUGCAACCUGCUUGUGUCCACCAGGGUUCUUAGGGGAGAACUGCGACGUCGACAUCAAUGAGUGUGACAGCAACCCCUGCCAUCAUGGAGGCACCUGCAUUGACCAGUCAAACGGCUUUAUCUGCCACUGCCCCCAAGGAUGGGUUGGGACCAAUUGCGAAAUACAUCUGCAGUGGAAGUCCAGCCGAACAGCAGAGACACUGAGCAACAUGCCCAGGCACUCCCUGUACAUCAUCAUCGGGGCUCUGUGUGUGGCUUUCGUUCUCAUGCUCAUCAUCCUCAUAGUGGGGAUCUGCCGCAUCAGUCGCAUUGAGUACCAGGGCUCCUCCAGACCAGCAUACGAGGAAUUCUACAACUGCAGGAGCAUUGACAGUGAACUGAGCAAUGCCAUUGCAUCCAUCCGGCAUGCCAGAUUUGGAAAGAAGUCUAGACCAGCAAUGUAUGAUGCCACUCCAAUUGCUUAUGAAGACUACAGUCCUGAUGACAAGCCUUUGGUGACCUUGAUCAAGACAAAAGACUUGUAAAAUUAAAAUGCCUGUCAACUUUUGGAGAAAUGUACUUAAAUUACCUUUUAAGUAUUUCUUUAAAAAACUAAAUUAACAAACAUAAGAGGAAAGAAUUUGAUAAAUAUAUUUUAAAUGUCAGAAUCUGUGAUGUUAUUAUAUUAAUACUUUAGUAUGCAUAUACUGGUAUGUGCAUUUAUUUAAUAAAUGGUGAACAAAAUUACUAUGUACACAACCGCUACUGGUUAGUAGUAUUGGACUAGUUUUAAACAGAGUACUGUGUGAGCUUCCAUGGUGCCAGUUUAAUUGAUAGGGUAAAAUAAAAUUGUAGAAACAGCAUAGAAACAUCAACACCUAGUGCUGAUAAGAGUAAUUGAAAAUGUUGUAGUUAUAGGUGCAUUUGUUAUAAAGUACAACAAAAACAAAUAGGAAACUGCUUUAGGUUUUGCCUUAUAUGGUGCAUGGUUAUACUAUAUAAUUUCUUCAUUAUUUUAUUUUGCAGACCUCACAGAUGUCACUUAUUUCAGAUAUGUUUUGCCUGAAUUACUAAGAUAAUUAAUGGCUCUUUUGUGAAUAUGCCGUGAUGGGAAAAUCAAUUGAAAUGCUGAAAUACAAGAGACGAAAGAUAUUUAUUUGAUGCAAGUAAAGAUAAUUUGAUCAUUUGCUGCUAAUGACAAUGUCACUGCUGGGAAGUUCCAAUAGUGAGUUUGCUGUAAUUUUGCUUAUUUGUAGCAGGUAUAGUUUUCUGUAAAUGUACAGUAUACUAUUGUGAUGUUUUAAAUGGGGUCAGUCUUUAAUUCUUCUUAAAUGCAUCAUGUUGAGAUAUGAAAAAUAUUCUUCCUUGGUCAUCUUCCUUUUUUUAAAGAAAACAUGUAUUUAAAUUAUUAUAUGUUGAAUGAGAUAAUAAAGGUCAAAAUGAA